UUAGCGUAAAUAAACUCUCAGUUCUCCGUUUGUGUAUGUUUGUGAUUAAAAUUGUUAUUUCUCUUUCCCUAUAAUUCUGAAUAGAUACCAUGACGUAACCCAGCGCAAUUCUGAAGUCCAUGGUGUCACUAAGGAAUGCUGAUUUCAAUAUAUUCAAUAGCAAUGGUAGUGAACAUAAAGAAAACAACCUGUGUUGGCUGUAUAUUAUUGGUGGUGCUUAUGCCAGUACUAAUUGAUGGCUUUAUAAAGCACCCAUCACAGCAGGAGAUCCAGUUAUCCUACGCAUAUUAUGAGAAGGAACCAGUGGAGAUUAUUGGACGCAGUUAUGAGAUUUUGGAAACUACUCCACGCGUUUACUUGAUGUGCCCAAAAGACUACUUCAUUUCGAAAAUCCAUUACAGUCUACGGUUGUCGCCGUCGUUCCUGAAGAAGUUGGGCAAAAAAGACGAGAGUUGGCUGUACACAAUUUCUGAUGCAUUAGACAUAAAACACAUUGAUGUAACGCCACCAUGUGGUACAAUCAAGUACUGCAUGGGAUUUCAGGCUUGCCUAUUUACAUUCAGCAAUGAGUUCUGUAAAAAUGAUCCUGUCAGAGGCAUUAGAAAAGUUGUGGACUUGUACCUGACCUGUGAGAAUGAUGCUGAUUUGGAAGAAUUGUUUUUAAAACAUGAGGUACCAAGUGAAGUACCUUCACAACUUACGGGCAGAAGACAUCAUGUCAUGUUAAUUACGCACAGCAGCUUUAUAGAAACAGGCGUUUCAAAGCUAUCCGAUGUUCAAGUAUUUCCACAUAUUAUCCCAGAGACACAGGUGUUUGGAGUUCAGUGUGCAGAUGUAGCAGACGUUUACAAUCUCGGGUUUCGAGGCGUGUGCCAUAGCAAGCCACAGCCAGGCAAUCUCACAUCAAACUACCUCUGGAAAGUGCUAGGCAGAGUACUGCGAUCAGACCACCGGAAAGAAAUUACGAAUGUCUAUUGCGCAUUCCAGUACAAUCGACAAGGCAGAUGUUUUCCACCGGAGUUUGUAAAUCCUACAUCACCAUCAAGUAUAGUGGAGUUUACACGGCGCAUUUUGCCAGAAAAUGGCGUUCAUCCUCAACAGCAGAUGGCAUUGCUGCAACAUCCCCAUCUACCCUUAAUUCCAACAAGACUAGGCUUUAUGCUACUGGUCCAUAAUAAAGCAGAGCUGGUGAUGGAGCUACUUGACUUAAUCUAUCGCAAGCAACAUUUCUAUGUGAUUCAUGUUGAUACUCGCUUGGAGUCAAACAGCACAAGGAUGGAGCUGCAUCAUCUGCUGGGUGAUAGGUAUGGCGAGAAAGGCAAUGUCAGGAUGCUUCCCAUAGAGAGGUCAUUCAGAACAGCAUGGGCAUCAUGGAACUAUAUACGAGCGCACCUAGAGUGUCUUGAGGAGCUGCUGAGGAUGGGAGUGUGGGACUUUGUGAUUAACCUUAGCGCUGCUGACCUUCCUCUAAGGAGUGUAGAUGACAUCGCUGCUGCUCUGGCCCCACACAGGGGGAAAUCAUUUUUCUAUGCAUAUAAUAAAAUGAAUCUUGACAGAGAUCCAUUGUGGUAUGGCUGUGAUUUCCUCUAUAACCUUGGCAGAAAGGGCGCUUCUCCCAUUGGACGUCUCACUCACCACUCUGUCUGGUUUAUUCUUGGAAGGAACUUUGCACAGCACAUUGUGUCAGCUGAGGAAAGACAAAACAGCCGCCUGAAUGAGAUUCAGUUGUACAUGAUGACAGUGCGCGUCAUGGAUGAGCAUUAUUUUUACAACAUGCUUGCUCAGUCACCACUGAAUUCCACACUCAGGCACAAGAUGGUGAAUUUCUGUAAUGCUAAUCAGAGAGAAACUGUUGAUAAGCUAUGCCGUCACAGACUUGAAGCGGAUUUCUGUGGAAUGGGGCCAGCUAUCUUUGAAAAUAAAGAUGUGUCAAGUCUUCGUAGUAUCUCAUACCAUACCUUCUUUGCACGCAAGUUUCCAACCGAUAGCACACACAGUAUAAGAAAGAAUACGAUCUCGUGGAUGAAAAAUGGUCUCACUAAACGCCUAGAAAAAGGUGUUACAAACAGUGUGAUAAGGCAACUGGCUGUGUUCAGUGCUCACAUUCUGUCACAGAGGUCUGGAACUUCCUACAGCUUAGUGGAAAUAACCAACUGGAAAUUUCUGCCAGCAAUGGAGCAAAACGAUGUUUGUUGCAAGGGCUUCGACUUUGAAAGGAAAAAAAUGAUUAAGCUAAUGGACUAUAGAUACUGGAUUGAAUUCACUGUGAUAGAGAAUAAGGGCGAAAGAACUGUCAAGCCAGCACGAGUGUCUGUUCACCCAAAGCCGGCUGCACAAUGUUACCCAUGGGGACACCUACGUGCCACACACAUCACUACGCAGCCAGACAAUGCAAAACUUGUUGAUGAAUUCCCACGGCUGCGAAUGCUUCCUGGAGAGCCGGCAGGGGGCGACACCUUAUGGCUUGAUAUGUUGCUUGAUGUUGGUCUAUCUGAUGCAACAUGUCAGCAAAAGAAUGUCGAUGUGAAUGAAUCCCUCGCCUAUGCAUCAUUUCCCAAGCUGAAAAUUAAUUUGAAAUCAGCCGGUGACCUUCAGCUGAUAGCCUCACUUGUUGCGCCAUCUGGUGAGGUUAAGUGCAAUUCAGCGAUAAUGGUCACUUUAGACAGUACGGCUGUUGGGACAAGUAACUAUUGGUGGAUCCAGCAUAAAUUAUCCUGUGGAAUACUCAAUCCAGGUGUAUGGACAGUCAACAUACACCAAGCUGGCGAGGAAAGUGCCUUUGUAUACAGCCACACACUGCUUCUUUGGGAGGACAAAGAGUCUUCGAUGAUUACAGAUUUAUGGACUGUCGAAGAUGUUGUUUUAAUCCAAGAAGUGACCAAUCAUGAGUCAUCUAGUCAAGAGAAUCACAGACAUGGUGACUGGCGUGAUUCCAGGCAGUUUAGUGAAGAAGAAGGUGGUGAGAAGAAAGAGACUUUAUGUGACGAUACCAAGGACUUAAAAUCUGCAACUGCUCACCAGUCCUAUGGGCUGACCACAGAGCCAUAUGAUGACAAUGACUGCUACAGGACAGUAACACUGUACGGAGGCCUUGCAGGAAUAGUGGGAUUGUUACUUCUGACCACAUACAUUCUGAUAAUAGCACAUUAUAAAGGAACAGUGGAGAAGAGAAAGACACAGAAUGGCAUCUACAUAGUGUCAGCAGCUCUUGUUGCACAGAUACUAAUCUACUUCUAUACCUGUCAUCCUGAGUAUAUAGACAAAGUAAUUGCUUGGGGCAAAUUAAAUGCCUGAUUACAUGUACCUUACAUGAGAUGACACAACACAACAGCACUCAACUUCACACCACACCACACCAUGCACACCACACCACACCACACCACACCACACCACACCACACCACACACCACCAC